CUAGAAAUAUUUUUGUUAUUGUGGCAAUACCAUCUCUCAAUCUCUAUAAAUUGCAUACACACAUAUUUUUAGUUGGCGAUGUUAGCGAUGGGUGAAGAGCUUGGGGGUGAGGGUUUGUUGUGGGACGAUGACCAAUCAUGGGAAUUUCCAAAAUUAGCAAAGUCGGCGGACAUCAGCAACUUGGCGGCCAAGGAUAAGGAAGCGCCGCCACCGCCAGAGAAGGGCAAGAAGAGGAGCGCCGCCGCAAGAGGAGAGUCGGAGCUGCAUAUUUUGACGGAGAGGGAGAGGAGGAAGAAGAUGAGAGACAUGUUCUCCAAUCUUCAUGCCUUGCUCCCUCACAUCCCUCCAAAGGCGGAGAAGUGGAGGAUAGUUGAUGAAGCAGUGAAGUACAUAAGCAAACUGCAGCAGAGUGUAGAUCAAGUGGAGAGACGAAGAGCAUUGGGAGAAGGGGAGAUUUUCAAGACAUGGAGUUUUGGAAACGUAAUCCUGAACGUGUGCGGGAGAGAUGCUCACAUGAGCGUGUGCAGCAUAAGAAAGCCGGGGGUCUUGGCCGCCGUCUGCUUUAUGGUGGAGAAGAACAAUUUGGAGCUGCUUUCUGCGCACACUGCGUCCGGCAUCUACAUGAUCCAUGCCAGGGCAUAUGAAGGGACAGAGCAGGCCUUCCCAAUUGAACAAAAUUUCAAGCAGGCAGCAGCAGAAAUAAUGAUGUGGCUUCAUUCCUAGUUAUAACUCUCAAACUCAAACUAAUUCUGUCUAAAAUUAAAUGUUUUGUUUCUUUCGGAACUUGUUUAAUUAUAAAUAUCUAUAUUAUGCUACUGAUUAGCAUGCAUAUA